GUUGACUUUAUCUCUUGAAUAACUUCUCAUUAGUAUUUAUCUAUCAUCUGCACAAAGUCGCAACGAGUUGGAAUUCCUGCCAGAUGAUGCGAAGGUCAUCGUGAAUCCCCAUGCGCUUCGUCCUCGGAUGACUGGCAUCCCCGCGACAGACAAUGUCGGUUUGCCUUGUCUUUGGAAUCGCGUUUUGGAUUGAAAAUUGCAGGGUAGCAGAGGAAGUAGGCGAAGUUUGUUGUGCGGAAUCAUAGAAACUUCGAAAUACUUCUGACGAAAUCAAUUUCCUCACUCAAGACGACUGGCGGGUUCAGCAGAUGAAAUUUCGGCGACUACAGUCUUCUGAAACCACGAUUCAGAUGUAGAUGGGCAUGGGAAUGAGAAGCCUUUGAUUUACGGACACUAGAAGAUUUAUUUAUAUUGAUAUUCAGCGUGUUGUGCUCUCUGAUUUUAAAAUGUCACCUAAAGACAGGUCUAUUGAGCUUACUCUUAUCUCAGCUUCAAACUUAAAGAAGGUGAGGGCUCUAGGUCAGCAGAAAUCUUACAUCGUGGCUUACAUUUACACGGAUCACAAGUUUACAUCGAAUGUGGAUAACGAAGGAGGACUGAAUCCCACCUGGAACUUCCACCUCAAGCUGGACUGUGAAGAGGCUCUCUUUGCGCACCAUGGCAGUUAUCUGAAUGUUGAAAUUUACAGCCGAGGCCACUCCAGUAAUUCAUCGAGCGAUACUUUGAUCGGUACUGUUUCCAUUCCUCUCAGAGAUCUUGACAAGGACGUUAGAUGCCACGUUGAAGCUGAACCAAUGUCUUUCCAGGUACGGCGGCCUUCAGGGACAGUCAAGGGCGUUCUCAAUGUUGCCAUCAAGUUAGGAGCUCUUCACGACAAAAGAAGUGAAGGUCGCUUAUCUUCACAUGCUCCAGAAUUUUCUUGCAAGAGGGUAGAUCAGGCUGUAGACGUAAGCUGUGAUUGUGAAGCUUGCAGAUGAUUUGCUCUGGAAACUGCCUUGGUUUUAUUUCUUAUGAUCAUCAGGGACGUUGAAGCCGUGUGCCGUUCUCAUUUCUCGCAAGACUAAAUGUCAGGUAGUCAGAACGACUAACCUCACAGCAAUACCGGUUUGCAAAUAAAUUUUCUUACGACUUUUAGAGAAGAGUAAGAGCCGGAAAUGAAGGGUUGGAACAAUGCAGCUCAUGUAUAUCAGUUGAUUGUUUUGCUCGAGUGUGUUCUUUGAUGCCCACCUGAUGAAAGGAGCCCAAUUUUCAGUCGCCGCUCGUAAUAUCUCCAUUUGGCUCGUUAACGCCCAACUCACAGCUUCCUGUCAUUUCAUCGUGAAGGCCAGGAGUGUAAGUUUGUACUGAAAUGAAGGUCCUCAGAGUCGCGUUUUGAUUAGUCCAUCAGGAGAAGUGCACAUUUUGUUCACAUUUUGGUUACCUGAGACUUGCUCUGGGUUUGAUCUUUAUCACUAGCAGGGGGAAAAUCUAAAGCAUGGACAUAUUAAAAAGAUGGGAGCAAUUGAAUAAUAUAUUCGUUUUGUGUGAUUGUUCCAACCUCAAGAUAUGAGCAACUUUCUUUUACUUCAUUGGGAAGAAUUGAAGGUGAUUUUCAAUUCCAGCCCAGCGUAUUUGUGCGAAUGCAGUUCACGUGGAGGCUACUGUGUGCUCCGUGAGCUGUUUUGGCCAC